UCGACCGCUUCAGCUUUUCAUGUCACCAAACGAACCUCUAGCCAAAUUGAUCCUCUAGCACAGUGGGCUGGUGUUGCAUUCUGAAUUAAAUUAUUAAGAAACAACUAUGAUGGGAACAGCAGUUGGCCAAGGGGCACUUAGAAGCUAAGGUUUCCACGCUGCGAAUAGGGUUCGAACGUUACGGGUUUCUUUUCAAAUCCAACACCUUGUCCGUAAGGCCUCGACCCGAAACGUCGACAAUUCCUCUGCCUCUGCAGAUGCAUUCUGACUCGCCGAGUUCCUCCAGGAACUUGUUUUUUGAAUAGAUGGGCACCGUGGUCAGCGAGAAAUGGCCACUAAAGUUUGCAAUGGGCGUGUUAGCGGGAUGUGGUGGCCUGUACGCGCUGUACUUUUUGGCAAAGCGGUGGCAAGAUCAGGAAGAUCAAGACACUAAGCACUGUCAGUCCAGGAAGCGGAAUUUACUCUACCGAGCGAUCGGUUUGAGGGUCGACAGUCAAGAAAAUGCAAACAGUCGUCAGGGGUCUAUACUUGUAAAUCCUCAUAAUAGUCUGGAAAAGCAGCAAGUACAAGUGAUUCUGGGCCUUCUUAAGGGGAGCUCUGAUACUUCCAUUCGAGAGAGUGCUCUGGUGACUAUAGGUAACAGUGCUGCAUUCACUGUAAAUCAGGACCUUAUUCGCAAUCUGGAUGGUCUCAGUGUCGUUGCAAAUUGUUUGUUAGAUGAAGUCACAUCAAUCAAAGUUAAAGCAAUGAAUGCUUUGACGAAUCUUUCCCUUAAUGUUGCUAAUCAAGAAGAGUUGAAGGUUUGGAUCCCACAAAUAUUAAAGAUCCAAGAAGCUGCCACAUUAAACUCUGAGUUGCAGGUAGCUGGUCUGCGAAUGCUGACUAACUUCAGUGUUACCAAUAGUCAUCAUCAUAUGAUGACCAAGUCCAUUCCUCACUUUCUUAAGCUCUUGGUAGAUGGAACUGAUAAUAUAAAGGUUCAGGUAUUAAAGAUCCUGGUAAAUUUGUCUGCAAAUCCAGAAUUAACACAUGAUUUUCUCUGUGCUCAGGUGCCACCAUUGUUCCUUUUCUUGUUUGACAGCACUAUAAAUAAAGAAGUUCUUAUACGAAUCCUUAUAUUUGUUGUAAAUCUAAAGGAAAAUAUGAAUUCGAUGCAGGGCUUUGGUCAGUAUGAUUACAAAGUGGAAUCAGUCCAUUCUGUACUGUUUGGCAAUCCAAUAAAGUUUUCUCAGAAAAUAGCAAAACUUGUGUUGCAUCAAGAUGAUGAAGUAAAACAACAUGCUGCCAGAAUUAUGGUCUAGGACAAAAUGGUUCCUUUUAAUGAGUUGUCCAGGGGAAGACUGGAGGGAAGAAAUGGAGAUGGUGGAUAUUUACUUCCGUUGCGUCAAACUGAAAAUGACUUUGGGACGGCACAUGUUUUCAUGUACAGAGAUUAAUUGUAUUCAAGUUGGAGUACCAUUGUCAAUGGAACAAAAAACAAGACUAUCUUAAAUCAGAUUCUUUGGUUUAACAAUUCAUUUAUGUGGACAUUUUAUUCAUUUUAAUAAGCAUCAAUUACUUGAAAUUGUUGAUGUGCAUUUCUCCAGUAGUAAUUAUUUGUUCCCUGGUGUGUUUAUUGUUCUUGCUGAACAUAGCAGAAAGCCUGCAGAAAUCUUGCCCUUUUGUACAUGUAAAGAAAUAAAU